AUGGCUUCGCAGCAAUGGCGCCCUGGGAGGCGAGUUGCCAUCGCCGGUGGAGGACCGGGAGCUAUAUCCACUGCCAUUGCCUUUCUCCAGCGCGGCUAUGAUGUGCGUAUCUUUGAGCGCCAGGAUAGCUGCAAGGCCAUAGGUGGCGCAGUCCUUUUGUCUACGCCAGUCCUGGCUAUCCUUCGCUCCUACGGCAUGGACGUGGAAAACUUCGGCUCCUACACGGUUACUCAUUUCCAAAACAAGUGGGGAAAGGAGCGUGUCGAGCUCCCCUUUAAUCCGGAAGUCGAGAAACGCAUGGGUAUUAAAGGCUGGCAUUACGGAGUGCUGCGUUCGUCGGCUUUCAAGGCGAUGCUCGAGCUCGUGCCCGAGUCUGUGAUCUACGCAGGUCACGAGGUUACGGCGUAUACCGAGCUUGAAGACGGCGUCGAGAUUGAAUUCAAUAACGCCAAUAAAGUCACGGCAGAUAUUUUGGUCGCGGCGGAUGGAAUUCGAUCCGUGGUAUCCCGACAGGCAUUCGGAGAUCCUGGACUCUUUCACACCGGGAUUCGUCUCUGGUUGGCCUGGUGCGAUCAUAUCCCUGGGAUCCCAGCAAACCACGGCGUCAUUGCACACGAUUGGCAAUACCAGGCCAGUUACUUUCCGAUGCUUCACGACGGCAAGCCCGGGUUUGAAUGGUGGGUGGUAGAGCCCUCUUGGGAGGAUAAACCGCUCCCAGAGGACCCCCAGGCGCACCUCUCCGCGAUACUACGAGACUGGUCACAGCCUCUGUCUCGCCUUCUCGAGGCUACGAACUUUGAUUCGCAAGUCUAUCGCUGGGAGAUCUAUAAUCGUCCGUCGAUGAAGAAAUGGUCGACCGGUCGGAUUGUGGGUAUUGGCGAUGCGGUUCAUCCGGUGUCGCCAUACGCAGCAUACGGCAUGGGGAUGGCGAUUGAGGAUGGUUACUACCUGGCGAAAUCACUGGAGGGUGUCGAUCUACGUGAUCCACGGGCAGUCACGGCUGGUUUCGAGCUCUACGAGAAGCAGCGGCUCGACUACGUGAAUCACAACAUGGAGUUUGCGCGGUUCAUCGGCCGGAUAUUCCAUUCUCUCCCGUGGCCACUGGCCAAGCUUCGUGAUCUGAUCUUCGAUUUCACUCCCUUUUUAAGCCACUUCCUGCAGAAGGGAUACCUCGACAACUCCGAGAAAGAAACAUUAGGUUUAAAGGAGCUUCAUGUCAAUUAA